AUGAGAUCAUCCUUGGAUACAGCCGAUUCAGCUAGCAUCUGUAUGUUAAACAAGCCAGCUAAGAGGAAGCAGAGGACGCCGUCGAAAAGGACGCUGUUGAAGAAGAAGACUGCCAAGAAAGUCAAGAACGAUCCGCAAAUGUAUGUUGCUGAGGCGGAAUGGGCGCAGGACUCAAACAAGCACCGGAACAUGCCUAGUCCUGUCGAUUGGGGGAACGAUCUACGGUUGAAGAGACAGACAAGACUCAUCCAGUUGGCAGCAGAGGAGGAAGACAUGGAGGCUAUUGACAUUGGCAUUGAAGGAAUCGGAGAGUCAAACUUGGAGACAAAGAUGAUGGUUAAGGAUCCACUAUUUUCGCCACCUUCCUCUCUGGAUUCACCGUUGAAUGAAGAAUCACCCUUUGUGCUGCUGAACCAACAACAGUGCAAGCCAUAUUUGGACGAGGAAAGACAUGCCACGGCCAGUACUACCAACGCCACUGCUCCAACAGGCUCAGUCGCCAUGGUCGUCUCAAAUAAAGACAGUGAGGAAGACAUUUCCAAGAACAAGACCACCACAUCCAUCAACAUGUCCGAUUUCCUCAAUAUAGACACUGCAACUACAUCCAACACCACAUUCUCACAUAUACCUGAAAUCCCUAGGUUCCCCAUCAACAGGUACAGACAAAACGGAACUUUCGAUCUCUCCCAAACCAUUACCCCCCGCCACUCAGUCAACCCCUUGAAAAGAGUAGCCAUUUGGUCAGGCAAGGCAGACGAAACUUUGAUCUAA